AUCCCUUUUCGCCCGCACCGCCAUAGAGAAUGGGAAAACCAAGAGGACUGCGCACAGCUCGAAAGCUGAGGAACCACCGGCGUGACCAGAGGUGGCAUGAUAAGGACUACAAGAAGGCUCACUUGGGAACAAGAUGGAAGGCCAAUCCAUUCCAAGGGUCCUCCCAUGCUAAGGGCAUUGUUCUGGAAAAAGUUGGUGUUGAAGCCAAACAGCCAAAUUCUGCCAUCAGAAAGUGUGUCAGAGUGCAGCUGAUCAAAAAUGGCAAAAAGAUCACAGCUUUUGUGCCCAAUGACGGUUGUCUGAAUUACAUUGAGGAAAACGAUGAGGUGUUGGUGGCAGGGUUUGGACGUAAGGGUCAUGCCGUUGGUGAUAUCCCAGGUGUGCGAUUUAAGAUUGUUAAGGUGGCAAAUGUGUCCCUCUUGGCUCUGUUUAAGGGAAAAAAAGAAAGACCAAGGUCUUAAAUCAAGCCCAUUUUUCUGUGUCAUGUAAGGAAGACUUUUUCCAAAAUAAAUCUGUCAUGAAGGAAAA